AUGGGAUGGUUAUUGAAGAACGAUCAAGAAAUCACGAUCAGUCAAGGAUCUUCAUCGUGGCAAUUUGUUCCGUCCGCCCUAGCAGCAGAAGCUCUCGCCAUCCGAGAAGCACUUACGGCUUUCACACCCUUUGGAUUACAGAAAAUCCAAGUGAAUUCGGACUCUCAAGUCCUCGUCUCACUGAUCAAAUCUGGAGAAUUUCCGCCUGAAAUUGCAGGGAUUCUCGCAGAUAUUCAGGAGUCUCUAUCUUUAUUUUCCUGCAUUUCAUUCAAAGCAAUUGCCAAGAAGGAGAAUUCCGCAGCGGAUUCUCUUGCAAAGGCUGCUUUGACAUCACUAGUUGUAUCCUCCUCUAAUCUUUUAAUGGAGCGUAAAACUCUUUUCCUGCUUUAA